AUGGGCUAUACUAGUACUAGAACUAGUAUUUCAGGAAUGCACAAGGGGAGAAGAAGACCAAGAGUGUUUCUUAGGACUAGGUCCAACUACGGAAAUAAUAGUUGUAGAGAUAAGACGAUUGUAGAAAGCACUUGUCCACAGCAGGAACAAGUUGAUUCAUUGAGCCUGGACAGUAUCAGCAACUUGCACUUCGAUUCUGAUAUCCUUCUAAACACGCACCACCUCAGUAACAAGUAUCGGCCAAAGCUUUUCAGAGACAUUGUAGGCCAUGAGAUCGCUGUCCAGGCCAUAUCCAAAGCUGUUGAGAAGAAAAAAGUUGGAAGUCUUUACCUUUUCCAUGGCCCCAGUGGCAGUGGCAAGACAUCCACUGCUAGACUCUUCGCCAUGGCACUAAACUGUGAAUCCGCAUCACUCAGUAAGCCAUGCUGGAGCUGCAAAGGCUGCUCAAGAAGCUUGUCUAUCAUGGAGUUGUUCUCCCAAGGUCGAACAGCUGCAUAUCAAAGAAUUAAGACACUUCUUGAGAGCCAGGCAAUCCCUGGUUUCAAAGUCCUAAUCAUUGAGCUCGAGGAAUGUCACUCAUUUGGUGCAAAAGCAUGGGAUGAACUUUUGGGAAUGGUGGAAAGAGGAUAUACUUCUAAAGUUGUCUUUGUCCUCAUUGCCAUAGAUAUGGGCAUGGUUCCCCCGAACAUAUCAUCAAGAUGUCAGAAAUUCUGCUUUUCAAAGCUCAACAAUGAGGAGAUAAGACAGAAGCUAACAAAAAUUGUGGCCUGUGAGGACAUUAGAAUUGAGAAUGAAGCACUGAAACUGAUAGCAGCAAAAGCACGAGGAUCACUGAGGGAAGCGGAGAAUCUGAUGGACCAGUUGGCCUUACUGGAGUCAACAAUCACUAGUUCCAUGGUCCUAGCGCUUGUGGGUCUCCUUCCCCAAAAUAAACUUCUUGAUUUGCUCGCGACAGCAAUUGCAGGAGACACUAUCAAUACUAUCAGACAUACAAGGGAACUAUUGGCAACAGGUGUUGAACCCCAAGCUCUUCUAUCCCAAUUGGCAUCUCUUAUCACAGACAUGAUUUCACAUGCUGCUGCUGCUGCACAAGAUUCUUCACCCUCAGCAUCAUCAUCAGAAGGAACGACACCAUUGAGAACUGGAUCAGAACUCGCAAAUUUUUAUCCUGAGAGAUUGUGCCAUGCCUUAAGGAUACUAGUCCAAACAGAGAAGCAACUCAAGUCCAACUCAACAGACCAGAAUUCCAGAAUACUGGCUGCCCUUCUUGAUAUUACUUCUGGAGAUGUCUGCACCAGAAUAUCUACAGGCAAAAAUUUUCCAAGGAAAGAAAAGUUAACCUCAGAUAAUACCGAAUUGGAAGAUACAGACAGCCAAAGCAGAAACAAGACAACUUGCCAUACCAUCAGCAGAGCCUCUGAGAAAGAAGAAACAGAGAUGAUCGAACCAAGUACGCCCAUUAAAGGCAUUCAUCAAACUCAAAGAUCAAGAGGCAAAAAACAUGAAAAGCUGGCCCGUGUGAGCAACAUGGAAGAAAUUUGGCAGAAGAUUCUGAGAAGAGUAGAGGGUAAAGAUAUGCAAGAUUUCUUGUGCCACCAAGUGAAGCUUGCAUCAUUAACUCUAUGCAGCGCCCAUACCAUUGUGCAUUUGAUAUUUCAAAGACAUGAAGACAAGAUGAAAGCCCAGAUGUGUAGAGAGAACAUAUCAAAGGCUAUUCAAAGUGCCAUUGGGUGCCCUGCUACAAUAAACAUGAGCCUAGAACCAGUUGAGUUGGGAAUUGUAAAGGGAAAUACAAUCUCUAAUAUCAUUACCCAGUCAAAGAGUAGUCUUUGUAAGCUACAAAAAAGAACAUAUCUAGUUGAUAUUUUUCAAAGCAGAAACAUUGAAGCUGCAAUGCACCAUGUUACACCUCAGCAAUCAUAUCCUCUACCAGAUAGCUUGAGGCCUACGAUUGAGUUUAAAGAUCAAAGAACAUCUCAAAGUCGGUGCAGAUAUCCAUCAGAAGAAAAAGAAGAAAACAUGGUUUGGACACAAAAGAUGUCACCCUUUCUUGAACCUUUGACUCAGAAGAACCAAUUUCAAACAUCUAGAGAUCCUGAAAGAGAUGCUGAAACUUCAAUACCAACAGGGAAUAUCAUGAGAGGCAAGCCAAAGCACAGGUGGUUGUCAUUAUCCUCGAUUCCACAGAGUGAUGCAAGCGUGGAACCAUACAGUCAAGAUAUAUUAUUUGAGAAGGCACAUGAUGAACGAGAAAGCAACAAUAAAUUAAAGAAAGGCUUAUUAAGGACCACGGAAAUUCGUGAUUCCCGAGACAAUGCAAUUUCAUACCAACAGUUGAAAUACUCCUGGAGUUGCACUGACAUUCUCUGUUCAAGGAAGACAAAAAGGAAGAACCAUUGAAGCACGGUCUUCAUUCGUUUUAUUCAAAUUACACAGUAGAUUGCUGCAACAACUCGGAGAAGGUAUACCCACCACAAGGAGGCGCCAAAAUUAAGUAAUCUUCAACUUUCAGAAAAGCAAAAAGAACAAAAAGAAGACAUCCAUUGCUAUUCCUUACUGCUCCAACUCCAAGGUAAUAAUGGAACUGUACUGGAAGUUCUAAGGUUUUAUGCUCCAAGAUAGAAAACAGAGUUUCUAGGGUGGCUUGGUGAUGUUGACCAUUAAACUCUGGUAAAAGGAUGAUUUUGAGGAUGAAUUUGAUUGGAGUUUCUUUUCUUUUCU